AUGUUUAGUCGCAGGCGCGCCACUUUGAACCCACGCUCACGUGUAUGUGCAGACGAGAUCGCCCUCUACGACCGCCAGAUCAGAUUAUGGGGCAUGCAGGCGCAGCAGAAGAUCCGCAACGCAAAUGUGUUGCUCAUCACCAUGAAGGGACUCGGCAACGAGAUUGCCAAGAACCUCGUCCUCGCAGGCAUAGGGUCCUUAACGGUCCUCGACCACGACAACGUCACCGAGGCUGACCUCGGCGCCCAGUUCCUCAUCUCUCAGGAGCAGAUAGGUAUGAACAGGGCGCAGGCGUCGCUGACGGAGAUACAGAAGCUCAACCCUCGCGUGCACGUCAUCGUGGACACGGGCGACGUGCGCCUGAAGGGGCCGAGCUACUUUGCACUAUUCGACAUGGUCAUCGCCACAGACCUAGACCCAGACGCCCUCAACAUCAUCAACACCGCGACGCGCUUCAAUAUGCGUCCAUUCUACGCCGCCGGCGUCCACGGCCUCUACGGUUUCAUCUUUGCCGACUUGAUCGAGCACACCUUUGUCAUUGAGCGCGAGAAGCCCAACGUGACCACGCAGCCCAAGGCCGAGACCAAGACGCGCAUGAUCUUCGACGUGCAGACCAGGAAGGAGGGUGACAAGACGGUCGAGAUGGUGUCCAAGAAAGAGCUGUACAGCACCUGGCUGCUGGCAAGCGACGGUGCGUUCCUGCCAGAGGAUUACACCAAGAGCAAGCGGCGGCUCAGGGCUGUGAGCCCUGCGCUGUCGUGCCUGCGGGCCCUCUGGGAUUUCCAGACGCAGCAUGGUGGGCGCAAUCCCGCCGACAAGAACGACCUGGUGACAUUUACGAGGAUCGCGACACAGAAGCAUAAGGACCUCAGCCUGCCGGCGGAGACGCUGACCGCGGAGUUCCUGCGAAGCUUCCUGCAGAAUAUCGGCUGCGAGAUUGCCCCGGUGACGGCAAUCCUGGGCGGACAGCUGGCGCAGGAUGUGAUCAACGUGCUGGGCCAGACGCAACAGCCUAUCCAGAACAUGGUCAUCUUCGAUGGGAACAACAUGGAGGCUAGUCUCUACCCUCUGCACCCCCCAGGACCUCUGGGCGCGGCGCAGCUGAUGAGCUCGCUGCCCGGACUGCCUGGCAUGGGCAACGGGGACAUGAACGGGUUUGGCAUGACUGAUCCCUCAAUGAUGAACAUGGCGAUGCCCCCAAUGGACAUGGGCAUGGGCGCCAUGAGUGGUGCCACGGGACAUGCGGUCAACCUCGGCGCUAUGGGCACUGCAGCUGCUACAGGCAACGCAGCAAGCAAUACAGGGAAUACAACAGGAAACACGGGACCAAACAACACGCAGUAG